GAUACUUGUUUGGCAGAAGCUUUCUGUUUAUUCAGCACAGAGUCUUCCUAGACUCCCAGAUGUAAAAAGCUCUAAGAGUUGAUGCAAGAGACAGAACCGGAACUGUAUAUAGGCUGAGGUGUGCAGUGCGGAGAAUUGGCUAUGCAGGGAUAUUGAUUUGGUGUGGCUGUACCUGCCUGUUUUGUGAAAGGCAUUUCUCUGAGACUGUGAAGGUGAGAAGCCCAGGGAUCCACUAGAAACUUCCUCACAGCUGGCUCUUUGGUGGGGGAAUGCAUUUCCAGUGGUAGCUGUCCUCAUUUACAGCGUUAUUCUCGGAAACCAAGUAUGUGCAGCAGUGACAGACUAUGCCACAGCUCCCCUGCAGUUUGGAAGCUGGAACAAAUGGAAACAGCUUAUAGCCAAGAGAGGUUGUGACUUGUUUUUACGAUCCAAGCUUGGUCUGGCAGUGCACAAAGGAAGGAUGAGCUUUGUGGCAAGCAAAAUCAGCAGACUGCCUGACAAGGGGUUUUGAUCGAGCGGUUGGAAGUAAGCAGCCUUGCCCAGACUUCCAGCGCAGUGGCCUCCAGUACUGAUGGAAGCAUCCACACAGACUCCGUGGAUGGAACACCAGACCCUCAACGUACAAAAGCUGCCAUUGCUCAUCUGCAGCAGAAGAUCCUGAAGCUCACAGAACAGAUCAAGAUUGCACAAACAGCCCGGGACGACAACGUUGCUGAGUACUUGAAGCUUGCCAAUAGUGCAGACAAACAGCAGGCUGCCCGCAUCAAGCAGGUCUUUGAGAAGAAGAACCAGAAAUCUGCCCAAACCAUCCUUCAGCUACAAAAGAAGCUUGAGCAUUACCACAGGAAGCUCCGAGAGGUGGAGCAAAAUGGGAUCCCCCGGCAGCCAAAGGAUGUCUUCAGGGACAUGCACCAGGGUCUGAAGGACGUGGGAGCGAAGGUGACUGGCUUCAGUGAAGGUGUGGUGGAUAGUGUCAAAGGUGGAUUUUCCAGCUUUUCCCAGGCCACCCAUUCCGCAGCAGGUGCCGUGGUCUCAAAGCCCAGAGAGAUUGCUUCACUGAUUCGGAAUAAAUUUGGCAGUGCAGACAACAUCCCUAACCUGAAGGACUCUUUAGAGGAAGGGCAAGUGGAUGAUGGGGGGAAGGCUUUGGGAGUGAUUUCAAACUUUCAGUCAAGCCCAAAAUAUGGUAGUGAGGAAGAUUGUUCUAGUGCCACUUCAGGCUCAGUGGGAGCCAACAGCACCACUGGGGGCAUUGCUGUAGGAGCAUCCAGCUCCAAAACAAACACCCUGGACAUGCAGAGCUCAGGAUUUGAUGCACUACUACAUGAGAUCCAGGAGAUCCGGGAAACCCAGGCCAGACUAGAGGAAUCCUUUGAGACCCUCAAGGAACAUUAUCAGAGGGACUAUUCCUUAAUAAUGCAAACCUUACAGGAGGAGCGAUAUAGAUGUGAACGAUUAGAAGAACAACUAAAUGACCUAACAGAGCUCCACCAGAAUGAAAUCUUGAACUUGAAGCAGGAAUUGGCCAGCAUGGAAGAGAAAAUCGCAUAUCAGUCCUAUGAACGGGCCCGGGACAUCCAGGAGGCCCUGGAGGCAUGCCAGACCCGCAUCUCCAAGAUGGAGCUGCAGCAGCAGCAGCAGCAGGUGGUGCAGCUAGAAGGUCUGGAGAAUGCCACUGCCCGGAACCUUCUGGGCAAACUCAUCAACAUCCUCCUGGCUGUUAUGGCGGUCCUUUUGGUCUUUGUCUCCACGGUAGCCAACUGUGUGGUCCCCCUCAUGAAGACUCGCAACAGGACGUUCAGCACUUUAUUCCUUGUGGUUUUCAUUGCCUUUCUCUGGAAGCACUGGGACGCCCUCUUCAGCUAUGUGGAACGGUUCUUUUCAUCCCCUAGAUGAUGCUGGCACAAGAAGGCAGUGCUCCCUACCCUCUGGCGAGUGCAUGCAACAGAAAGUUAGACAGCAACUUACCUACUCUGAAGUUUUCUACAACAACAAAAGAGUUGAGUGAAUCUGUUUACAUUUAGAAUAAUGUUUUUUUCUUCAAGAGACACAAUUGCAAUAGUAUUUUUUAGAUUUUAUCCAAGAAGUUUUUUGGGCAAAAAUCUUGGAUCAUUUUUAUGUAGCAUGAUUUUCCUUGGGAUGCAAAUCUUAAACAGUCCUUUAACAUGAACCAACAAUCUGGAGCACACUGAAGGGCAUUCUAAAUUGUGGCUUGAAGGACUGCAUUAAAAUCCACUAAAAGGAUGCGAAAACCUGAUUAGGGCAAACCAGUUAAACCUAACUCCCUACCUUGUCUGGGCUCACCACCUCUCCCCAUCCCAGACUAACUUUACUGUGAAAUCCUACCACAUUCCAUGUCUGAAUUUUUGGAUUCAGGGUGGAUUUUCCUUGUCCAUGGAAGAACACAUGGAUCUCCCUGGCUUUCUCACUCAAGUUGGCCACUCACGCCAACCCUGGAAGUGUGAUCACUUUUGAACCUGUUUCCUUAAUCUUCGCUAGGAUACAAAAGUGAGAGCAUCUUUCCCCAAAGGAUCACUGCACAGUCCUACUACAGUAUUUUGAAGUUGCCCUCUAAAUACUUAAUUUUACGUAAAAUCCCUUGGCCGCACUUUUAAGGUUUUUUUUUAAUAUGUGUAUAGUUACCACCUUAAAAAAUCUGAACAGCAUACUUGAAGAAUGUAAUACUCAAACUCUCAGUGCUUCCUUAUGGUUUCUAAUAGGAUUUUUUAUUAUUGUUAUUAUUAUUAUUGGGUUUUUUUGGAAAGGGUUGGGAGGGUCUUUUAUUUUUCCUUUGAAAUAAAGAAGUGAUGUUUUUAAAUGAAGAAAUGCGUGGACAUUUAAGUGUGCUGCUCCCUCUUGUCUUGAAACAGUUUGAGUAAGAAAGACUUGCUGUAAAUGCUGCCCUCUGCUGCUCUUGUUUUGAGAUGCAGCUUAAAUUCCCUCCUCUGGCUGCUGCCACUGCUUUUUGGUGUCCUGCCACCUGCAUACCACCACUGUAUGGGCUUGGCUUGGUUGGAGAGGAAAGGGGUGUGCAGGCAGAUGGGGAGGCUUUUUCCACAAACCAGCAUGGUAGGAUAGGGAUUUUUUUGCCCCAAGUAAAGGUUUAUCAAGUGACCAUUGAGACUAUGUUAUGAGAGUCAUAAAUAAUUCCUUAUGUUUCCUUAAUUUAUUUUUAACAUCCCCUAAUUACUGAAACCAAAGUGAUGUGGAGUCUUCUGUCUGCAUUUUGGCCCCAACAUCCUUAAUUUCAAAGCUUUAUUUUGUCUGCCUGGGAGAAUCAGUUGCAGGUGAUUCUUCUAAAGAGCAGAAAAGAAAAUGUCAGGCUUAGAAGGACCCAAGUCUUGAGUGUAAAAUGUUGUCAGCUUCCUAUUAAUCUAAACUGACGUAUUAACCUAACGAUGCUCAGUGAACUUUUGUAGACAGUUUAGAAAGAUCAACUGAGCCUUCUUCCCCAUCCUAUAACCAGUUCCAUCAUCCUGGUGGAACUUGAACUUUUAAAGCUUAUCUAAGAGAGCUUGGUUAGCUUUUCAUAUUACUCAUAGUAUUGGGUCACAAACACUGUUCCCUCUUGGCCUCCUUCUGCGCAACCAGGUGAUGAGCAGGGAGCACAUAAUAUGCCCCGAAAAGAACAGCAAAGCAUGCUUUGCCUGUUUCCCCCAUACCAGAAAAUUCUUUCAGUAGUAGCAGAUUAGUAUUGCCCUGCCUGUCUGAAAGAACAAUUCCAUCCUUCUUUUGCUUUGGCAAGCUGGCCUUCUCGGAGCCAGCAUGUUUCCAUAACUACUUUGAUAUGUUAACUCAGGUACCCCGAUCUUCACCCCAUUCCCAGUUGAUUGUAGUGUACCUGCUGGCUCUGUUGCCCCCUCAAAACUAGCACCCAGAGCAGGGCCACAUGGGGUGAUUUCGCUUUUAAAAAAUAAUUAGAACCAUUUCAUGUCCAUGCCAAAACCAAAUUUUCCCCAAGCCUAUAUACUUAAAAUGUUAACUUUGCCUAAAAAUAUUGCAGUGACUUUAGGCAAGAGUGCCAAAGGACACUAUGACCUUGUCAAACUAGCAGUUUCUGCUUUAGCUUAAUUGCUCAGAGUAGAGAAGAGAGCCCCACAAAGUUGUUGAAAAGAUGCUCUAGUAGUAGUCCACCCGUUUUUCUAAGCUAGAACAUUUGAGUCCCUUAAACUACAGGCUAAUAAGUUUUGUGGGCACUGGAGGUCACUCUGAUAGAUCGAUUGCAAGUGUUCCCAUUUGCCUUAGGACAGUUUCUAUCAAAGGAAGGUGUUCACCUCUGGAAAGCCCCCUGAGCUCCAGCCAAACAGGCCCACACUGACUUUCCAUCUUCCUUUCUCAAACUGUCUUAGAAAGGACCUUCAGUCCAGUCAGGCACAACAGCUUUCUAGCUUUGUCCCUUGAGUACUCACCAGGCCCAACAGUUGUGUGCAUUUAAUGCUGUUUGUAACCAUACAUCUGCUUUCAUGCUUUCCUAUGCUUUUUGUUGCCCAUCCCUGUUGCUUUUGAGUUUCUUUGAAUUAUGGUUGUUUUCAGGUUCUCCCCUGUUCAAAGCUCUUCUAUAACCUCGCUCUAAUGACUUAACAAUUGUUCUGGGUGGAGACUGACCCUCAUUUGAAUGCUCUCUUUAAAAAAAAAAAGACUAUGUACAUUCCCUUUGAAAUGAUGCAUUCCCGGAUUUGUCUGUGCUAGUGCCUAGCCUGGAUGAGUGAGGCUGGCUGUGUUGUCCUGGGUGACUCUGUUCAGGCUCUAGAAAGACCAUCAUCUUUUACAACAUUUAUGAUCAUUAAUGGGUACUUCUGUCUGCUCCAAUUUUGAUCCCUUGGUACACUCUGCAUCCUAGCAAGGAAGGCUUUCUGCUGGCUCUUUAAGCAAAAAUAGGUUAAAUUUUAUACUUCACUGACAGGGGUCUUCCCUCCCUUGUCCCAACUGGAGUAAAAAUCUGAAGCCAAGAAAAACACUGGGAUCAAGCCUUCCUGGUUAGCCAUGUCCUAUUAAUGAGCAUAUUUUUGUGUGGUCUUCAUUGCAUUUGGUUUUGUUUCCGAUUUCAAAUUCCUUUGAGGUACAGUCAGAUGAAACGCAGAGUUCCGAGUGAGUUCCAAUGAGGAGCUGCCUUUUAGCUUUGGAAAAUAUGCAUCUAAAACAAAACCAAACAUUAUUAUGAUGAACAAGCUGGCACAAGCAAAAGUAUGUUUCCCACACCCCCCCCCCCAAAUGAAACCUGGGAUUUUGGAUGUGGCUCUAAGAGUUAACAUUUCUGUCUGUGUGUUGUGUAUGCUAGGUGAUACCCUCAGUAGGGAUUGACUACUAGACUGUAAGUGUGUUUUAUCAAAGUGUGUAAGAAUAAAAACUCACUUGCACGAAUUGAAAAGUAAAGAAAUGACACUUGUGAACGUGUGAACGUUAACACUGUAGUUGAUAGAUCUUAAGCUGCUAAUUGUUGAGAGAGAAUUAAAUUUAUGUUCUGUCUGGUUGCUGCAGAUUCUCAGCAGCACUUUUACUGUAUAUACAAAUUGAAAUAAAGACCUCAGCUAUUAA